AUGACUUCAGAACGACAAAAUAAGGAUAAAGUAACAAAAUAUAAUGAUCCAUGCGCUGAUGCUGCUAAGAAGAGUUUCGAGUGUUUAGAGGACAACUACUACCAAAAGGACAACUGCAGGGAAGCUUUCGAGAAUUACAGGAGUGAGUCUCUUUAG